ACUUAAGUACUUUACAAUUUAUUAUAUAUAAUAAAACGUCACCAAAUCGCAUAAUAGUAUUCAAAAUGAUUUUCUUUAGAAAUAUUUUAUGUAUUUCUUACAUUUUCAGUUUAAUAGUAUUUGCUUUAGGUAGACACAGUGUAAAAAUAAUUGAGGGUGGAGAUGCUGACAUAAGAGAUUUCCCUUAUAUGGCUGCUUUAACGGAAGUUGGUAGAGUUAUUAGCUGUGGAGCCGCUAUUAUUAACGAAAAUACGUUAUUGACAGCUGCGCACUGUCUACUUGACGAGAAAUUAUCUUGGAUAACAAUUAAAUAUGGUAGUACAAUAUUUCAAGAGGGCAUAGAAACAAAUGUCUCUCAGGCUUAUAUACACAAAAAUUUUAAAAACACCACCCCUCCGAUGACAGAUGAUAUUGCAGUAUUGAAGGUUGAUCCUCCUAUAGUUUUUAGUGAAACCGUCCAACCAAUUAAAUUACCGCAAAAGAAUGUACCCAAUCCAGCAGGAAAACUUGCAAAGUUCGCAGGAUGGGGUAAAACAAACGAUACUUAUUACGUGCAAUCAAAUAUACUCCAAAAAGUAGAUAUGACGAUAAUCGAUGAUAAAACAUGUGAAGAAAUUUGGAAAAAUACUACUAAUCCGGUCGACACUGAAAAGGAAAUAUGUGCACAAGCUGAUAUGUCUGAUGGUAAAAGAAGAGGACCGUGUUAUGGUGAUUCAGGUAGUCCACUAGUUAUUGAUGGAGUUCAGUAUGGAAUCAUUUCAAGUUUCCAUGAUGGAUGUGGAAUUGCGGAAUACCCAAUUGUUUACACCAGGGUGGCCCAUUAUUUAGACUGGCUUUCAGAUAAAAUAUAAAUUUGUAAUUUUAUACCGACUAAAUUUCAAUAAUUGUAUUCCUUUUUCGUAACUUUUAAUAAAAUAUAGUCUUUUUAAGGUUAGAGGAUGUGUUUAAUUAAUACUGUUAAUAGAAAAUACGUAGCUUAAUCAAAUUUGAGAAAUAUGGUAUUGCUACAAUCGUGAAUAGAGGGGAGGGCGAAAAACUUUUUUUUAAAUUUAGUAUUAUUUAUGUGCCGAUAUCUCUUUCAUGUACUUCAACAUUUGAAUCUGGCAUUUUUAAAAUAAAAAAUAUUAUUUAGCUAAGAAUGAAAUAAACAAACUAUACGGCCAGAAGAUUGGAGAAAAUGUUUCCACUAAUGAUUUUUGUGUAUGAAAAUUAUAAAUAAAUGUUUUUUAUUAAUAAA